AUGAAUUUGGGUAUUUUGAUUAGCUUGAUUGCAUUAACAAAUUAGUUACUUGUUGAUCAUGUGUGUUCAUGUGAAUAAUUAUAAAGUGAAAGUGAUUGUAAAAUUGGCUUAGAAUAAUGCGAUUGGGAUGGUUCUUCAUGCAAUACAAUACAAUGCUAAUCUUUUGAUAGUAAGACAGAAGAGGAUUGCAUAAAGUUUAUUGGGUGUGCAAUAAAUGAUGUAGGCAAUUGCAGGCCUUUUUCUGAUUGUGUCGAUUAUCAUGUUACAGACCCAAACAAAUGCACGGAGAAAUGGACGACUUGUGUAGCGGGAACAAAUAUGGUGGAUGGAAAGUACGAAUGUUAAGAGAAGGAUAACAACAAUCAAUAUUAUGUUUGCAACAAGAUAGAGGAUCGAGGUGUAUGCACUGCAGAUGCGAUAGAGAAUUAGGCAGCUAUAAAAUAGGCGGAUGGCGAGGUAUGCGAUUGGAUUGUGGAGGACAGUGUUGGGAGAUGCAUUGCUUAUGAUCCCAACAAGUGUUCGAACAUCAUCUCUAAAUCUAAAUGCGAUCUCUUCAGUUGCAGAUGGGACUCGGAGAAAGAGCUAUGCUCUGAACCCUAUUGCAUAGAGAUAACCGACAAAACCAAAUGCACUUAUUUACGAGGGGAUCAGACUGGCACUUUCUAGAUUUGCCAGUGGGACAAGGAGCAAUGUCAGGAUGCAGAAGAUACUUCGUUCCUCACCAAAGACAAUUGUUUAUAAGCUACUUUUUUUUCAGCGACUUGGAACGGGACAAGUUGCAAUUUAUGUUAAAAUGAUGGAUUUAGUACUCUACUCUCUAUGGUAAUAGUGAUGGUUUUAAUUUUAUGA